CUAGGUCGGGGGAAUAUUUACUUGGAGAUCCAUAGCAUACGUCGAGUAUAUAUUUGAUACGCUAUAACUCACAGUUGUACAACUGAAUUCUAAGCAAGCAUUAUUAAAUCAUUACGAUUUUUUAGUUAAUGCAAAGAAACAUUUGCUGGAUUUUAGUGAACUGUUUAAUAUUGAGGAUAUGUGACAUAUUACUUGAAUAAACUUGAUCAAAAUUUUGGAUUUAAUAAGAGAUGGAAAACAAUAGUGGCAUACAUAUUUUUAUGAGUUAAUCUUAUGACAGACUAUCAGAUUCAUAUAUUGAUUUAAAAAGUUAAAAACGCCACAAACUAUCUGGAGUAUUGCUGAAGCUGCAAGAAUAUUCAGUAAAGAUAAAGUAGGCAGUAAGAUAAAGAGCAGGGCAACUACUUUAACAUGCCUGCAGGAAAACGUUUGUACCGUGUUCUCAGAGACGACGAAGACCCGAGUAAAGGCCUAACUGCCCGGAAUCCCGAAGCAACUGAUGCAAAAGUAUCUUCCCAUGUGAACGGUUUGAAGAAGUCACCCUUUAUCUCUACAACAGCAUCAAAGCAGGCAAUCGAAGCUUUUUAUUGGCUUGCAAUAAAGCGUUACAAAAAAUCAAAUAAGUCUAAAACGGAGAAAAAGUUCACGGUGGUACAGAUUGAUAAAGAAAAACUGUUAGAAGAAAACAAGAACGUUGAAGUUAUUGAUCUUUCAGAUGAUACAGUUCGGAAGAAAUAUUUAAGCGGAAAAGUGUUGAACUACGCUAGAAAAUAUGAAGAAGUCUUAGUGAAAGGUUUUGUUCCAGCUAAAUACGUCAAAGUUUUAGAUGUGGAGGCAAUGUCUGAUAGUGAAUCUGUAUCUGAAGGGUUUGACGAGAGCGAUUAUACAAUGGACGACAUUGAAAGCUUGUCUGAGGGAACCGCUGGGAUAACCCUUGACUGACAGUUCAAAGGCGGUGCGCCAUUGUGGCCUUUUGUUUGGUCGUUUUGUCCUUGUGUGUUAGCUUUAGACUGUGUGUGCGCGCGCUCGUGUGUGCACGUUCUAGUGCUUUGAAUUGCAGUUUGAUGAAGCUGCGAUUUUUGGAACGUUGCUUUUCCUGUUGAAUAUUCAUUCUUUUUUUUAUUUAUUUAAUAGACUGUGAAAUAGAUCUGCUCCACUUGUUAGUCAUUGUUAAAUGCUGGUCAUUAUAACUUGAUUUUGGAUUGUUUUGUCCUUCCAAGAGCGCUUAUUAAAAGAAUAUAUAUACAAGAACGACCAAUAAGUAUAAAAAUAGAUCUGUAAUUAUGGAUAAUAAUAAUAAUUUAAAGCUGAGUUAUUUACAGUGUAUCAGGAUGAACAUUAUACUUAAUUUUUAGACAGUACCUAAGAUUUUCGACAAUGAAAUUCAGAUACAUAUGUAAUAUCUCAUGUUAUUAUGAUAUACAUAAUAUAUUUUACAUACAUUAACAGUUCCAAGUUCUAUCAUUGCUGGCCUAGUGUAAAGUGGCAAGAACUUUUUUUGCCCAGCCAAUUUGCUUUUUUUUUAUUGUAAUUUCUGAUACAAUUGAUCUAUUUACAUAUAUAUAUAUAGGCAAUAAAACAUGGUUAAAUCA